AUGCCGGCCCGCUCCCCUGCCAGUGGCCUGCCCUCGCCAGCUGCGAGCCUGGGAUGGAGCAUGCCCGAAAAGGGGGAGAUCCAGGGCGAGCCCAGCGGCUUCAGACCAGCGGAUGGCGGCAUGGCUCCCCCAAAUGAGUGCCCCCGCCUCAAAUCCAUCGUGGGCGCGCCGCGGGGCAGGCACCUCUGCAUCAAUAAGAAGGCCGCGAUCGAGCCGGUCAAGAGGAAGGAAGCGACGGCUGGGCCCUUCCGCCAGCCAAAAGCAAGGGGCAAGAGCGUGGCCCGGCGUAAGUCCGGCGGCUCGACGGUGGCAGAGUCGUCGGGCGGCCCCUCGCUGCUCACCCCACCGCGCAGGCUCACACAGGAGCAAGGGCAGGGUGCAGGCCUUGCUGGGGGGCAGGACGCGACAGAGGACCCGGUUGAGGAGUUCUUCCAGGGAGCAAAGCAAACCCUCCCCCCACCCGCACGGCACCGCCCUGACGCCAUGGCCGCGAAGAUCGAUGAGGAGAUCGCCGCCAAGCUUGACAAGCCGUUGCGCUUCGAAGAUGGGGAAGAUGGAGGCAGUGACGGAUCGCUGGACAUGGGGCCUACCCUGUCCCUGGCCCGCCACACCCCGCUGGCUGCAAACACGCAAGAAGUGCAGCUGGGUGCAGUCAUGCAGAGGGUCACUGAGAUGCAGCUCCAAGAGGAGGGAGCUGAGGGCGCACUGCAGCUGCCCCUCUUCUCCAAGCCGGCGCCAGCGAUCGUCGGAAAGCCACCGGCAAGAGACAAGACGCCUCUCAAGGCUCGCCCACAGGCCAAGCCGGCCAGGCAGAGCGCACGACAAGCUGCCAACCCUUCCCUGGUGCCGGUCUCCCAGCGGGCGACGCUCAGGCUAGUGCAGGGCCUCGGUGUCCUCAGGCCAAAGGAGAAGAUGACGGCUCAAGCUGCUGAAGCCCUCAUCCGCCGUCUCGAUGAACCUCUGUCUGACCAUGACAUCGCUGCCAUCGCGAAGCUCACCAGCCUCGACGCCAACGCGCUCAAGGCGAUCGCUGGCAUGCCUAGCCAGCAUGGAAGCGCCGCGCCGCCUCAUUCCCCAUGUUAG